AUGAAUGAUUUUUACACACAGCUUAAGAUCCUAUGGGAUGAGCUGUUGGUUCUUAGACCAAUACUUGCAUGUACGUGUAUCAAUGCAUGUAAUUGUGGAGCAGUUACACAAUACAGAAGAAACUUUGAGAAUGAACAAGUCAUAAGAUUCUUAGGAGGCUUAAAUGAGAGAUUUGAGUCUGUUAAAUCUAAUGUGUUAAUGAUGGAUCCUCUUCCUGAUUUAACUAAAGUUUUCUCGAUGGCAAUACAGCAAGAAAGGCAGAUUAAUUAUAGUUCACAAUCUGAGUCAAAGAUUAUGCUCAACAAGUCUUAUAGACCAAGUUUUGGUGCUAAAAACAGUUGCUACAAGAGAAUUGGCUAUCCUCCAGGAUUCAAGCCAAGAAACAAUUACAAUUCAGGGAGAUCAAAUGUGAUUGCAAAUGCAGCAAAUGCAGCAGUCAAUGCAGUUUAUGGAGAUCAACAGAAUCCUUCUUAUUAUCAAAAUGCAAGUGAAUUUUAUGAUCCUAACUCUAAUGUGUUUCCUAUUCAAGCUGUGGAGAAUAACUUCACAAACUGUUCAAGGAGUGCAACUCAACAACAACCAUCUGAAGCAACUAUUUCUUUUACACCAGAUCAAUAUAACAAGAUUAUGACACUCAUUAAUCAAGAUUCAGCAGAUGGCACAGCACAUACAAUCAAUAGAGAGCAUGCAGUCAACAGCAUCAUAGCAACCAAUGAUCAACAAUCAGCAAUUUCCAUAUCUACUCAAACACAGAAAACAGGUAUAUUAAAAUCUGUAUCUAAUUCUGUGUGGAUUUUGGACAGUGGAGCUACAGACCAUAUAUGCAAGUCUCUUGAUAUGUUUACAACUUUUAAAAGAAUUUCACCAAUAAAAGUAAAGCUGCCAAAUGGAGAAUACCUAUUAGCUCAUUUUUCUGGCACUGUUGUUUUUUCAGAAGUAUUUUCCCUUAAAGAUGUGCUGUAUAUACCUGGAUUUGCUUUCAAUCUUGUCUCAGUUAAAAGCCUUAUUGCUCAACUACAUUGUUCACUCUUUCUCUAUAAUGAUUUAUGCCUAAUCCAGGAUUUCAAGACCUGGAAGAUGAUUGGUAUAGCUAAAGUGUUCCAUGGACUAUACAAGUUGCGUAUGAAUAUGUAUAAGCUAAUAGUGUUCCAGGACUAUACAAAUUAUUAUGCAGUAGAGGGUAUAUUACAUCAAACUACUUAUCCAGAAACCCCAGAGCAAAAUACAAUUGUAGAAAGAAAGCAUCAGCAUACACUCAAUGUCACUAGAAGUCUUCUAUUUCAAGCUAAUUUGCCAAAGAUUUUUUGGAAUUUGCCAAAGAUUUUUUGGAAUUUUGCUGUACUGCAUGCCACUUAUCUCAUUAAUAGAAUUCCAACUCCACUAUUGCAGGAAUGCUCUCCGUAUGAAAAACUUUAUCAUAGCCUACCAGAUAUUUCAACCUUAAAGGUUUUUGGGAGCUUGUGUUAUGCCAAUACUUUGCACGCUGGGAGAACUAAGUUGGAACCAAGAGCUCAAAAAUGUGUGUUUUUAGGCUACAAAGAGGGUACCAAAGGGUAUUUAAUGCCGAAUUUGCAUACUAGAGGAUUACUGGUUUCAAGGAAUGUCAUAUUCUAUGAAACUAUUUUUCCUUAUUCAGAAAAACAGUUUCAACCAUUAUUGCCUCAAGUUAAUGACACAUAUGUAGAUGCAGACUGUGUUCCUAUGUUGCCUGCAGCAGAUGCAGUCACUGCAGCAGAGCAGAUGCAGUCACUGCAGCAGAUGUAG